GGGGGGGGGCUGGCAGGCAUGUGGCCGGGGAGCGCAGGCAGAUCUAAGUCCUCCAGACUUUCCCACAAGGCCCUGAGCUCAGACCCUCCCACCAAUGGAAUCCUUGGCUUUGUUUAUAGGUUAAAUGUGAAUGUAUGACAUAGGAUCUUCAGCGAUGAUUGGAUUCGCAUUACCUUGCUCAUCCUAUCAGCUUUAAGUGUUUCUCAAAACUCAUGUUGUGUUGUUUAUUUAUCUCAUCCAACUUGUCUGUUACAAUUAAUAUUUGAAGGUGCCUCAAAAUCCACUUUGUGAUUUUGUACUGUAGGUACAUUUUUGGGGACACAAUGUGCCCAAGCAUUUCCUGUACAGGCAGUAAUGUUGACUAAAUGAGUUAACCUAGUCUGUAUGUUCCAUGUUUAUCUUGCCCUGGACAAUUUUUUCCAACAUAGUAACAAUGUCAAAUCACAGUACAUAACAAAUAGCAUUAUGGCAGAUCUAAUCAAAGAUGGUAUUUGUAAACCCUAAUGACUUGAGUUUCAUGCUUGCACCAAGCAAGUGUAACCUAGAGCCUUCGGAAAUACAGUGGGGCAAAAAAGUAUUUAGUCAGCCACCAAUUGUGCAAGUUCUCCCACUUAAAAAGAUGAGAGAGGCCUGUAAUUUUCAUCAUAGGUACACUUCAACUAUGACAGACAAAAUGAGAAAAAAAAAUCCAGAAAAUCACAUUGUAGGUUUUUAAUGAAUUUAUUUGCAAAUUAUGGUGGAAAAUAAGUAUUUGGUCAAUAACAAAAGUUAAUCUCAAUACUUUGUUAUAUACCCUUUGUUGGCAAUGACAAGAGGUCAAACGUUUUCUGUAAGUCUUCACAAGGUUUUCACACACUGUUGCUGGUAUUUUGGCACCAUUCAUUCUUUCCUUUACACGGAUUAGUCAUCCUGGUCCCUUUGCAGAAAAACAGCCCCAAAGCAUGACGUUUCCACCCCCAUGCUUCACAGUAGGUAUGGUGUUCUUUGGAUGCAACUCAGCAUUCUUUGUCCUCCAAACACGACGAGUUGAGUUUUUACCAAAAAGUUAUAUUUUGGUUUCAUCUGACCAUAUGACAUUCUCCCAAUCAUCUUCUGGAUCAUCCAAAUGCUCUCUAGCAAACUUCAGACGGGCCUGGACAUGUACUGGCUUAAGCAGGGGGACACAUCUGGCACUGCAGGAUUUGAGUCCCUGGCGGUGUAGUGUGUUACUGAUCGUAGGCUUUGUUACUUUGGUCCCAGCCCUCUGCAGGUCAUUCACUAGGUCCCCCCGUGUGGUUCUGGGAUUUUUGCUCACCAUUCUUGUGAUCAUUUUGACCCCACGGGGUGAGAUCUUGCAUGGAGCCCCAGAUCGAGGGAGAUUAUCAGUGGUCUUGUAUGUCUUCCAUUUCCUAAUAAUUGCUCCCACAGUUGAUUUCUUCAAACCAAGCUGCUUACCUAUUGCAGAUUCAGUCUUCCCAGCCUGGUGCCGGUCUACAAUUUUGUUUCUGGUGUCCUUUGACAGCUCUUUGGUCUUGGCCAUAGUGGAGUUUGGAGUGUGACUGUUUGAGGUUGUGGACAGGUGUCUUUUAUACUGAUAACAAGUUCAAACAGGUGUCAUUAAUACAGGUAACGAGUGGAGGACAGAGGAGCCCCUUAAAGAAUAAGUUACAGGUCUGUGAAAGCCAGACAUCUUGCUUGUUUGUAGGUGACCAAAUACUUAUUUUCCACCAUAAUUUGCAAAUAAAUUCAUAAAAAAUCCUACAAUGUGAUUUUCUGGAUUUCUUCUUCUCAUUUUGUCUGUCAUAGUUGAAGUGUACCUAUGAUGAAAAUUACAGGCCACUCUCAUCUUUUUAAGUGGGAGAACUUGCACAAUUGGUGGCUGACUAAAUACUUUUUUGCCCCACUGUAUAUAGGUGUCAUUAUUGAAGUAUGUAUAUUACUUCCCUAUUUAUAAAAAUGUCUGGAUAACGGUAUUACAGCAUCUGAAGUGUGUGCAGUAGUAUACUGUAAUUUAGGUGCAAUGUUUUGGUCAAGCUUAAAGCUUCAGUGCGAUUGGUCAGUGAAGGACCAGGUGACUCGGUAGUCACGCGCUUUCCAACGAACCCGUCAGGAAGAAGAAAAACAAAACAAACGCAAGAGAAAGGCAGCGUGGACUCCAUUGAAAUUGCUUUGUUAUUGCUCAGAUAGGAAUAAACACGAAGCGAAACACGACACAAAACGUUCAUAUGGGGUUUCUAAAGACACCAGGCAUCAGACGAGAACUAGACUUCCAUGAGUUCACAGAGUUUUCCACAAUAAAGAAGACUCUUUUUGUUACUUAACUCAUAGAUUUUUCUACUGUCGGUUGACAUCAUCCGAAGACGACUGGGACACGAGGUGGAGGAAACAUUCACAAUAAGGAACAGAGAUCGGUGCUCGGCGAUGCCUCAGCCCGGCAUCAGUGGAAUGGAUCUUCCCUUUGGGGAUUUCUUUCAAAAUUAUACUUUUGCUGAUCAGGCGCUGACCAGCACGGACCUGUUGGCGAGUAACACAGACCCAGACUUCAUGUACGAACUGGACAGAGAAAUGACUGCUUGCCUAAGUCCUAGAGUUGAUCACUUCACGGUGGGGGACUGCAAGGAGAUGGAGUGUGGGGAGCACCUCAUGGAGCUGGUGGACAGCGACCCGGCCUACAGCUCGAACUUUGAGCAGUGGGAUACGUACUGGGAGGACCUGACCAAGUACACCCGUUUCACCAGCUGUGACAUCUGGGGCACCAAGGAGGCAGGCCUGGAUGACUUCUCCAGCCCUUACCAAGACGAGGAGGUGAUUGCCCGGACCCCCACCUUGGCUCAGCUCAACAGCGAGGACUCGCAGCCCCCUGUGUGUGACACACUCUACCACCCUGAUCUGCUGAUAGGGGGCCAGAAGCAGCACACCUCCCUCCACCCACUCUCCCUGAGCAAGAAGACAGCCGCCCGCCCGGGCCCCUCCUCUUCCUGCUCCAACCUGGUCAAGAACCCCCUGGGUGACUUUGCCAAGGGUUCCCAGAAGGCCACCUGGCCUGUCCCCUCCAGCACAGAGACAAUGUCCAAGGCCCAGGGAACCAGCAAGAUGGCCACCCUGGGCUACCACUGCAAUGACUACGUGCGCAAGGCAAAGGUUCGCAUCAGCAUGCCCCACCGGCCCCUAGUCGACAUGCCCAUGGCCUCCCAUCAGGUUGAGGCUGAAAACCACUUCACAUACAGCAGCAAGCCCCCAGAGCUGGCCACCACAUCUGGCUGUGCUGCCCCCGUGGCUGCUCCUGCUACUGCAGCCUCAGCCUCUGCCUCCGCCAGCACCCUGGCCUAUGAGAAGACGGUAGAGCUGCCUCGCCGGGAGAUGCCACCCGCCUCAGUGGGCACGUCUGGCGCUGUGCCCCCUAUGCUCCACUACCCUGUAGCUGGGGCUGGGGCCAGCGAGACCCUGGUGACUGCCAGUGGUACUGACCCAGUCUCUGACAAGAAGAAGGAGGAGGAGCACAACUACUCCCUGUUCCUAACCCGAGCCAGGCUUGCCGGGAAAGCCCUCACUGAGGAGGAGGAAGAGGUUGAAGAGGAGGAGGAGGAAGAUGAGGAGGUGGGGGAGGACGAAGAGGAUGCUGAGGGGGUGGAGCUGGAUGAAGAUCUUGAUGAAGAUCAUGAUGAGGGUUUUGGCAGCGAGCAUGAGCUCUCUGAGAAUGAUGAUGAGGAAGAUGAGGAGGACGAUGAUUAUGAGGGGGAUAAAGAUGAUGACAUGAGCGAUGCCUUCUCCGAGCCAGGUAGCCAUAUAUCAGGAUGUGACAAUGACGCGGUGGAGGACGUGAAGGGGCUGACGGCAGGGAUCUCCAGGAAGAGGGGCAAACGCCGCUACUUCUGGGAGUACAGCGAGCAGCUCACCCCCUCCAAGCAGGAAUGCUUGCUCAAGCCCUCUGAGUGGGACAGGGAGACCCUGCCCAGCAACAUGUACCAGAGGAAUGGCCCACACCACGGGAAGUACACUCUGAAGAAGUCUCGGCGGACAGAUGUGGAGGACUUGACCCCUAACCCUCGCAAGCUGCUGCAGAUCGGGAACGAGCUGCGUAAGCUCAACAAAGUGAUCAGUGAUCUGACCCCGGUCAGCGAGCUGCCCCUCACAGCCCGCCCACGCUCCCGCAAGGAGAAGAACAAACUGGCAUCCAGGGCCUGUCGACUGAAGAAGAAAGCUCAGUAUGAGGCCAACAAAGUCAAGCUGUGGGGUCUGGGCACAGAAUACGAUCGGCUUCUGUUUGUCAUCAACACCAUAAAGGAAGAAAUAGUGAACAGAGUGCAGGAUAUCUGCGACGACAAGGGAACUAGCAUGGCUGAAACUCUGGACAAACUCAUCCAAGAGACCCUUGUGAAUUCACCAGUUGCCGGGCAGACGUCUGACUUUGUUAACCAGAUCCUAGAGAACACUGGCAAGGGGGAUCCCACUGGAGGACUGGUCGGGCUGCGUGUACCCACGUCUAGAGUGUAGAUGGACCAUGUAGAGGUCUGGUGAUGGCAUACUCAAAGCCAUCCGCGCCAUUCUUGUCCCACACUGUAACGGCUCACCCUCUGCAUGACCAUUCCAUCCAGGAAUCGCAUCACCAUGCCCUGUGGGAAGACAUACAUACCACUCUCCAAAUGUAUGUAUGUCUUCACACUGUGAGCAUGCGCUGAAAUGAAACUUAGUAUCUAUCUCUGCACUAGUAGUCUGUUACUCGCCAUUUGUACACAUGGCUAGUGCACGUGGCUAGUGUCUUUAGGGCUGCAGUGUUUGCGAAUUCAAAGCCAAUAUAUGAAAAAUACCUCCCGAAAUGUUUAUAUUGGAAGAAAAAAAGAUUAUCAGUUCUAGCUGUAGCCAUUUCCUGUAGCGUUCAAACGACCCGUUUCAUUCCUGCGUACCUGGGUGGGAAAGGCAACACAGGAUGCCGUUAUAAUUAGAGCGAGACGACGGGAUGGCACGAGAUAUUUGCUAUUGAAACGUAAAUAGUAACUUGUCAAUCCCAUGUCCUUGUCACCUUUACUGAACUGCGCUUCUCAGAUGAAAAAACCCCAACUUAAAACAGCCACUGGGUAUUCCAUAGUGUCUACUGUUGUGGAGGUAUAGGGAACGCUUCACACCCGUUGUCUGCUUUCCCAUUCUAGCACCGUGGCAUUCACAUAGGGGGAGAUGAUGUUACCCAAUACUCUCAACCUGCCAACCACAUUAUAAGGCAACAAAAACACACAAGCACCUGAAUUACUACUAACAUUAAGAAAGUCUACUUUGACAGAAUGCGCUAAAAAUUAGUAGAAGUUGGGGGGGGGGGGUACACAGGAAUGCAGUGAAAUGUUGUUUUGCGAUUUGGCCUGAUUUUUCAAUUACAUUAUCCUGUGUUUUUGCAGUUGAGAAGAUAUUUCAAAUAGACUUGAGCAGAAGGCCACUAUAUACCCAUCCGUUGCAUGGGAAAAUUCUUAGUCAUCUGACUAUAAGCUAGAUGACGUGAUUAUAACAACCAUUUCCUCGAUCUAUAUACCCUUUGGUUGAAGCGUCUUCAAAUGAAAGCGCCAUUGGCUUCUUGCAAAGUAGGGAUGAGAGGGCUAAUAGUUUGAAGUUCCUUAGUUUGGUGUGUUCAUAUUUGUAUUUAAUAACAGUACUGUUCAUUGUGCCUUGUAUUUAAAGUGAGAUGAUUACACAAGUGGUUGAAGGAUAGUGGACCAUUUUACACUGAGGGAGAGCAGAACAUGGUGCAGGAAAGGUAAAGAGGUUUGUUAUGUAUUUCUGCUCUUUCAAGCUAUUCUGAAUGUACAUAUGAACAUGGACCAUGUAGAUAUAUGCCACAGAGUCUGUGCAUUGUAUUAUAAGAUGGCUCUGACAAAAAUGUACUUUGGUUAUCGGUACUUGGACUUUGGGGCAGGGGAUGGGAAUGGGAGGGUUAAAAAAGGAUAUUCGUAUAGAAUUUAAAAAAUAUUUGCACACUAUAUUUUGAUUGCUUUUUGUACCAAAGACACAUGCAACGAAAACGGCGACUAGCCAGAUAAAGUAAGGUUUUGCACAGCUUACCUGACACCGUAUUGAAUGUAGGAAAUGUGGUAGGGUCAGGUAUUUUCAUUGAACUGUGAAAUUGGCUUGGGUCCAAUUACGUACUGAAAGAAGCAUUCAUUAACUUUUUCUAAACGGCUCCUGUCAGUUGGCUUCUCAAGUAGAUUAGUUGCUUUAAAAACAUUUGAUAGAUUCCAGAAGUUACAUAUAAUACUUCCACUUCUAUUGUGCUUUGGGCACGAAGUAGAAAAGAGAGGGAGAACAUACAAUUUUUAUUUUGACUGUUUGUCAAAACGUCACAAAUAACCAAAAGGUAUAUCACUUCUAUAAUUUAUGUAGGUGAGACGAAUACACAUAUGUCAUAUUAAGUGUUGCGUAUUUAUAGUAAUGUCCAUUCAUGCAUACACAUAUGUCUAUCUAUUGUGAAUUGCCACUUUUUCAAAUUGAUACGUUAGUAAGCAUGACACAUUUCUAAGGCCUAUCCUCACAUUCAGAGAAACUUUGGAAGAAAAAAAAAUGGAAUGAAAAAACAAAAACAUUUUUGUACUAUUUGCCUUUUUCUGUUGGUGCGCAUGUAUGUCAUUUUAGAGAUGUUCAGAGAAAUACAUUUCUGGAUGGUGACUCUGCAUGAGAUAGGGUGGGGUUUCUGGAUGGAGACUCUGCAUGAGAUAGGGUGGGGUUUCUGGAUGGAGACUCUGCAUGAGAUAGGGUGGGGUUUCUGGAUGGAGACUCUGCAUGAGAUAGGGUGGGGUUUCUGGAUGGAGACUCUGCAUGAGAUAGGGUGGGGUUUCUGGAUGGAGACUGCAUGAGAUAGGGUGGGGUUUCUGGAUGGAGACUCUGCAUGAGAUAGGGUGGGGUUUCUGGAUGGAGACUCUGCAUGAGAUAGGGUGGGGUUUCUGGAUGGAGACUCUGCAUGAGAUAGGGUGGGGUUUCUGGAUGGAGACUCUGCAUGAGAUAGGGUGGGGUUUCUGGAUGGAGACUCUGCAUGAGAUAGGGUGGGGUUUCUGGAUGGAGACUGCGUGAGAUAGGGUGGGUGUUCUGGAUGGAGACUGCAUGAGAUAGGUUAGGGUUUCUGGAUGGUGACUCUGGGAGGGGUUCCUCCUGUUUUUUGUGAUCUUUGUGAAGAGGCUCUAGUUUUUUAGGGGUUGUUCUGAAAGUAAGGGAUUGAAUAUCAUGGAUAUCAUUCUGGUUUCUUUGUGCCCUCCGCCUCAGUUCUUGACACACAGCUCCUCUGUUGCGCUGAGUCACGGGGAAGAUUGAUAGAAAACGAAUGGAUGAUAAGUCUCAAUUGUAUACUUGCAAUUGUAGUCUUAACCUGUAUUACAAUCUCAGCCCAGACGAAAUGAGGUGAGCAGCUUUUAGAGGUCUAGCGUCUGUCUUUGCUGCUGUAACUGGUCAAUGUUGUCCAUUUGAAAGACUAGGUUUGCUAAUUUCAAGAGAACAAGGAGACUUAAGGCUGAAUUCAAUCAAACCGGCACAGCUGAAAACCCUCUCUGCGGGAACGUAACACUGUCCUUAUUCUGAGAAAGGGCAUGUUUUAAUUGAAAAUGUAGUGAACAUUUUCUUAUUUCAGUACUGAAGAUAUCUGAACAUGCCUUUUGUUUGCUGUAGAGAAACAAUGUUAUUGUUCUGCAAAGCAGGUUUCCGCACUGCAUGCCAUACUCCAACUAUUUUUGAUUGAAUUAAAAAAGGAAAAGAUACACUCUCUGAAACUAGAAUGAUAUGUUUGAUAAGAGAUCUUAUUCUACUUACUUUGUUAGUGUGGUAAAUAUUCUCUAUAUACCGUCCAUGGUUUGUUUUUGUAGUGUUUCAUUUUGUAAAUGGAUUUAUCUUCUAAAUAUUAUAUUUGUAUAGUAUAUUCUAUAUUACAUGUAUGAAAAAGAAAGCACUUUGUUCAACAAAAAACAACAACAAAAAACAAGUAUGAAGAAAAGCAUUUUUCCUUCCAUUUGCUGCUAAACCGACCUUGUUUGAAUGCUGCAGCGAGUACUUGACUUCUGUAACCUGACCAGGACAGUGUGUUGGGGAGGUCUUAAGAGGGCAAUCAACCUUUGAUUACAAUGCCCCUAUGUUCUGAAUGACUCUAACGUCAUGAAUUCAUUUGCCUUCAGUAGAGAUUUCCUAUGGAAAAACAAAUUCUGCUUUGGGUUUUUCUUCAGGUUGAUGUACAGUGUAGACACACUUCUUCUGGGCAUUUGCCAGAGAGUUAUAUUGUUAUCAUUUUAAAAGUAAUUUGUACUUGUAACUUGUACUUAAUGGGGAGGGGGAGACUGAGGUACUCACAACAGCCCACAUCCUUUUGUGAGUACCUCAGAAGGAAAACUAUAUCACUGUACUGUAUGGCAAGUAAUUUGCAGUGGAGAUUUAAUCCGGGAUACUUUUUGCCUUCUCAAACACCCAUCCAUUCACUUAAUUAAGAUGGCCAAUAGUGGGUUCAAUUGCAAAGUGGUUUGCUGUGGCAACCGAUCUUGGCCAAUAUUGUACUGUCUACAAUCAAGACCUUCAACCUGGUGAUAUGCUCAAAUCAACGAUGGCCUCUCCAUUGGGAUCACUGAUGGCAAGUGAGGUUGAGCUAGGGGAAUUAAUGUUGUGUAAGAAGCUAGUGGAACAUAGUGUUGUGAGGCUGAUUCCAGCAUCGGGUGUGUGUCCACGCAGGUUUUCACAUUUAACAUGAUGGGCGCAAGCUGUGCAACUUUACAUUCUAACCAGGAGACUCUGUGGCAUUUUAACAGUCAAAGAAGUGGUUGACAUUCAAAGCCAGUAACUAUUCCUUCUGCUCUAUUGACAUCAAACAUAUAAACAGAUAAUAGAUUGUGUAAUUAUGUGCUAGUCUCGUCUGAUAAUUGAAUCCAUUAUGGUCUCUUCUGCAGCGAAUCAGGGUAACUACCAUUCUUCUAAUAGAAAUAUAUGUAAUAGAAUAGUAAAUCAAAGGAAAAUAUAUUUAUGUAUUCCAAUUAACGUUGCGAUUUUUAUUUCUGCAGUUCAAUAACUAUGUGUGCGUUUAAUGGAGAUUCAAUGUAAAACAAAAUGGUGCGAUGCUCUCUACAGGAUAAGAAUAGACAAAGGCCAAUGGAUUUGUAAGUAUAAAUAUUUUACCUAGAUUAGUUUUUCUUUAUACUCUAAGAAAUUUAAACGUACAAACUUUUUUUUUUUUUUUUUGUAUUAUUCAAAAAGGGAAAUAAAUUAUAUUUCUAGUUUUGAUCCAACUUCUGUUUUACUGUGCUGCUGCUCAUGUAUGGGUUGGUUAUUAAUGGAUUAUAUUGUAUUAAAAAGAUGAUAGUUCAUUAUACAUUACAUAUGCCUAUGCUUAACAGACCUUUUUAUACUUUUUAACAAAUGAUUAACGCUUUGAUCACAUUUGAGUUAACCUUAUGCUAUAGUCUUAGACCUUGUGGAUAGAUGUCUAAUGGUAGCAUUAACAAACCGCUGGAUCACAAUGAGAAAGAGACUGAUCUCAAUUUAUUCCAAUUCUCCCAAAUGGCUACAGUAGAGACUAGAGAGGAGGCAGCAAGUGUGUUUGUCCUCUUUUCUUUCAAUUCCUGAUAUGAUUUUGGCUUGCUUUGUAUGUAGUUGUUUGUAGUGUAUGUGAUGACAAUGUUCUUAAAUUGUGCACUAUGCAUGUCUUACUUGUUUUUGAGUAAGACAGCGUGUUGCUUUAGUUUUCAGCUGUCUCGUGUCUGAGCAGAGCAUUUUCAUUGUAUAAAGUCAUUAUCCUGUCUCCAUAACCCUAUGGAGGUGUUCCUAGUGGUGAUAGGCAGGUGGGGAAUGAGUGGAGCUAUUUCCUCUGACAAUGGAGGAGCCACACGUGUGUGUGUGUGUGUGUGUGUGUGUGUAACAGAGAAAGACCUGUCUAAUAACUGCUAGAUGAGUAUGUUCCUUUCCAUCUUAUCUAACCAGUUGAAUGCUUUGUUUUUUGCUUUAAACUGUCAUUCAAAGGACCUGCAUUCUGCCAUUUUAUUUAUUUAUUUAUAUAUAUAUAUAUAUAUAUAUAUAUACACCUUUUCCCAUACACCCAUAGUAUCUAUAGAAAUUGAGAACUUAAAGUAUGAACACUUGUAUAGUUGAUAUUUCAUGGGCUGUAUAUUGCAUAUAUAAUUGCUUCAAUGCUUAAAGGGGCGAGCACUCAGCAGUUGCUACCUUUAUAAAUUAAUGAUACAUAUCCAUUGUUUCUUAAGGAAUAUAGCUUGCAAAAAUGCCUCGUGAAGUAAGUUCAACUGUCGUAACCCAUCGGAAGCCAAAAUAUAAGCUUUUUUUUUACUCCAAUUUUUGUAAACAAAAUAAAUGUAAACAAACACUGUAUAGCCUAAAAACAUUUUUAUAUAAUGCAUGGUCAGUCCUUGCAUCCAUAGCUCUUUGAAUUUGAGAGUGCCUACUGGUGCUUAGCGAUUAACCUACGUUUUUGUAUUUUUUUUGUUAUUAAACAACUAAUUGACCGACAUCAGUUCAAUUACUUGAAUUCCAUGUAGUUUGUUUUAUUUGGGGGGUGGCCCAACUCGUUGUUUUUCUUGAGAUAAAUCAUUCAUGAGAGAAAUCAUGUCAGGAACUAUGUGGGACACUUGGCUGAAGGGAGUUGUAGUUUUCAUUAAGCAAACUUUCAACCUAGUUCAGCACAAGAACGUGGUAAUUAACUACAAUGACCAUAAUCCAUUACGCCUGUUUUUUCCAUCUUGGACCGAGAGAUGAAAUCAAACAUUUCAGAUGUGCAUAUGACAUUAUUUUUCAUUGUUUAAAGUCCUAUUCUCUGCUCAGGCAGUAGCAGCCAGACAACGUUCCCUGUGCUUCCCAUACUGUACUGUCUAGUAUGACAUCAAAAGAAAAUGACUAAUGUGGACAAGAUGGAGACAAUGGAAUAUUUUAAUUUUUUUUAGCAAUUGAAUGUUCACAAUUUUUGGCUUUGGAAUUUCCAUUAAAAAGCUUUAAAUUUAAAAAAAAAAAAACGUUAUUUGUUAAUAAUCAAACUGAACUGACCUCAAAAAAUCACUAAUCGCGUAGCUCUAGUGUUACCAUUAUUACAUCCCCAUCCCCCAGUUUUUUUCCCGAACCAGUGGUGGGGGACGAUUUGCUAUUGUUUCAACUGCUGAUUGCCGGUUUUAAGCAUUGCAGAAGCAUUUCAAAUGCAUUCUUUUCGUAUUAUAACUUGCUCAACACCCUAUAUUGCUUGUGGAACUGCUCAUACUCAAAGGUUAUAUGCUCAGUGCAAUAUAACCGUUUAUGUAUUAUAUUGUUGGAUAAUUAAAUGCAGAGAAUAUGCGUAGGGAAUGACCAUUGUGCAUGAAAAUCUCACUCAUCUGAUAGGUUUGUUACUGGGUCAAAAUGUACUGAGUAAUGGGUCCAUCUUCACCCUGAGUUCAAGGAUUUUGUAGGUGUCAAGGACUAUGUCCAUGUGGCAUUUGAACUUAACAAGCAUAGAGAGAUUUGGUUUUGGAUGUUGAACAUAUUCAGAUCAAACUAUUUUCCAUUGCUUACCCACUGUUUUUACGAAAACAAAAUCGUACAAACAAAAGCAUACCCACAACUCACUUGGUUUUACAAAAUGUCAAACAUUAAUUUUAAUACAAUGCCUGAUAAACCAGGUGCCUUAAAAAAAAAAAAUUGAAUCCAAACGUGAUCUACUCCCUUCAAAGUCUUGCUGUUUUGUAUGGAUACAAGAUUUACUAUCUUUCUGCCCACUAUGCCAAGAAUUCUGACAUUUUACUCUGUCUGGUGUUUUAACAGGGAUCUCAUGUACAGAUGAAAAUUGAUGCUGCUUUGCCUCAGACAGUUUUCUCAUCAGUGGAAUGUAGUCUUCCUUCAAAGGAUUCAAUUCAAUAUAAGGAUAUGUUCAUACUCCAGAUGUCCAGUGUAACAUUGGGUGAGAGAGACUAUCCAAAUUGUGCUGCAAUCAUGAUUCAGAGGAAUUUGAACUUGUUUGUAUGGUUGUCCUUAUUUCUGUAAACCUUUUUUUAUUUAUUUUGUAUUUGUGCUCAAAAUCAGUCAAUUGUUGCACACGUUUGAAUUUUUUAAAUAUUUUUUUGCCUUUUCUACUUAGACCUUACCUACUUGCCAUACCAUUUAUUUUAUAUUUCAUUUGAAAUAUUUCCUCUAGUUUACCUAUAGAAAUUAUUUUAGAUAUUCAUGAUACCGCAGCGAGCUACAUGUUCUUGCUGAAUUACAUUUAUCAGCCCAGAGCAUUCACCAAUGGUGAUUGAUUUAGUUGAGUUUUCUAUAGAACCGGUAGAUCUGCUUUGCAAAAACUGUCAAUUUACCAACCUAUUGUGUCCCCUCAAAAAUGAUCAAGAUAAUUGUGCCUCUUUGGUCCUCAUUUUCUACUGUUCCACAAACGUCUGGGUUUCACUUUACCCGGAGCAGUGUCACAUGUACAAGCAGAUGGCCUUUAGCAGCCUUUCUUCAAUGAACAAACAAGGUUUGAAACAGUAACUCUUAAUGACACAUGUUGAGGUUUGCAUUGUUCAACAUAGAUCUGUUUAACCAUGGAGUUCCAGGAAACAAAUCUCGGAUGUCUCUAGUAAUUACGCAGGGGCAGGCGGUGUUUUAAACGUGGCAAAGCCUGUAUAACGCUUAAAACAAUGGUGAUUGGUGAAGUGGUGGGCAUCUGCACAAAUCCAGGUUCCUUGAUUUCACCAGUUUGCUCCAAAGUGCCACCACACAGUUCUUCAUAACUUAAGAUUGAAAGGGGCACUAAUUGGAGAGUGAGUUUAAAACAAAACAAUGCAAACAGCUGAUCGGAGGCACCGUUCACCAGCCAUGGUGCUGAAUCUCAAAGACGUACUUGAACUUCCCCAAGAGCUGCAACUCGGGCCCUGUUGCUGUGUUGGAACGCUGCCUGAGGGGUGUUGCAACUCUUGACCAGUUCCCAGUGAACUUUGGACAGUGACUGACUUCUUUUUAAGACCUGCUGUAGCCACUGCAGUGUCUGUGUCAGUAAGGCCUUGUCCUCAGUAAUGGUGGUUGACGACCGUGUUUUUAAAAAUGUAAUUGAAGUGGAUUGGCUGGUAGCUUUAAUAAGAUUAUUAUUAUUUUUUGCCUCAGGAAAAGGCAUAGAUAUCGGUAAGGGUCACUAGGGCUGCUGGGCAGAGAUCUCUCAUCCCUUCACUGAAGUGUUGGAACAUGUGUUCCUGCAUAGUACACAUGCAGACCAAUUCAAUGAUUACCAAUGACAUUGAGAAAACAGAUAUAACCCUCUUUUUCAAAGCACCAUAAACACAUCAUAUUCACACUGCAAUGAUUUACAUUUUCCUUCCAAACUUGCCAAAUUAUUUUUUGGGAAAUCCAUACAACUCCCAAUGAGGACAAUUUUUUUUUAAAGAUAUCUCACCCAUUCUUAAAACUACACAAUUCAUGCCCUUGAUGUAAUGCUUCUGAUGUUGUAUGGUAUUUCAAUAGAUAAUGUAGCAUGGGAACUUUAAGUAGUUAGUACUGUGUGUGUACUCCCCAAGUGAAAAAUAUUUGUCACAGUAGGAAGGCUGUAUUUCAUUGCUAAGUGCUCUGUAAUAAAUCUCUUAGGUGAUACUCAUAAACAAAUCUGUAUCCUGCUGAAACUAACAGUGACUUGAUCCUAUUAGAAAUGUUUAUAUUUGUAGUUCACAUGUAUGCCUGUUCAAAUUCAAUAAUAUCUUGACAGUUCUAUUUAUGUUGUUUAAAUGUUGUGCUGGGUUUAUACUUUUGUCGUUCGAUCUCUUUCUCUUAUUUUUGUUUCCAUUUUUUUUGGAGGCACAAUUAGUUGGAGAACAGAUAAUGAUCCUUGUAAAUGUACAGAUGUGAUGUAGGUUGGGUUCAGUUAUGAUUGAUUGGAAAAAUGUGUCUGCUUGUGUAAUUGUGCCUCUCCUUCAUUUAGUUUAGUUUUUUUUUUUAUCAUACUUUUUCUCACAGAAUUGUAUCAGCCAGGAGUUGGUACCACACUUGUGGCUAGGUGGAGUACAGCUAUGGACUGAAGUGACUUUACGUAGCAGGUUAGGAGAAUAAUGUAGCAGGUUAAGGUUAGGAAAAGGGUAAGGGUUAGCAAAAAUGCUACAGCUGACCCCGAUGCGACUCGAACAUGCAACUUUUGGUCCGUAGCUGUACUCCAAUCUAGCCACAACCCAAUUUUGCUUGUAACCAUGAUUCUAUUGUCCAAUUCUAUUGUUGAUUUUAAUAUCAAAAUAAAAACCUUUGAAAACCA